AUGGCCUGGACUCUAGUUGCUACGAUCAUUCCACUUCUUCUUUUCUAUAUUUGGAAAAAGGUCGUAUAUUACCGAACAGAACAAUAUGCCUGGUUGCCCCAGCUUCCACCAUCGCUACUAUGGGGUCAUUUGUCCACAAUCGACAAACUCGUGAAGACAAAUCGGCCAAAUAUACACAUCGAUGAAAUCUUCAAAGCUAUGCACAAUUAUCUCGGCAAGCCGGCACUAUUUAUUGUCGAUUUGCGACCAGUGAGCCAUCCCAUGUGCGUGAUCGGCGAUCAUAAUGUUGCAGAGCAAAUAUCCAAAAUUUCGAAGCUGUUUCCAUUUAGUCCCCCCAAGUCAUUCACAGCACACUGGUAUAGAGAUCUGAUGGGUCCACUCUCAAUUGUUCUUGCAGAGGGAGAAGAGUGGAAAGGCCUUCGCAAACAGUUGAACCCGGGAUUUGCGCACCAGCAUCUCAUCAGUCUGAUGCCAUGCAUUCUAGAUAAGACACAACUUUUCUUGACGAAGCUUGAUCAUUACGCCAGCACUGGCGAGGAGUUUCCACUGGAUGAGCUGUGUACGAAUUUGACAUUUGACAUUAUCGGCGCGGUCACCAUGGAUAUUGAUCUGGAUGCUCAACUGGGAGAAGAGAAGCAAAGUGCAAUCGUUCGACUCUUCCGCAAACUCGCCUCAACUUGGCGUUCCGGCUAUAGCGGAUGGAAAGUUAUACUUCCGCUCCAGAGAAAGUUAAUUUCUCGUCGACUUAGUGCGCAUAUCAAAGAGUGUAUCAAGGAAAAGUUCAAGGAAAAGUUCCAGGAGCGGUCGACUUCACAAAAUUCGUCUCGCAGUGUGCUUGCUCUAAGUCUAGCCGAAACGCAGGAGUUAACGCCCGAAGUUCUAGACCGGACUUGCGAUCAACUCAAGACUUUCCUAUUUGCUGGCCACGAUACGACAAGCAUCUUGCUACAAUGGACAUUCUACGAACUAGCUCGCACCCCGCAGGUCUUGCGCCGUGUUUGCAUGGAACUGGAUGACAUCUUUGGUCCUAACUCGCACCCAGCCCACAUUCGAGAUCAAAUCUUAGGACAUGGGGAGAGUGUUCUCCAAAGAAUGGUCUACACUUCUGCCGUUGUUAAGGAGAUUCUUCGUCUGUAUCCACCAGCUGCGACAGCCCGAUUCUCCCAAAACACUGGAUUAAGCGUUCGACUACCAGAUGGUCAAGAUGUGUGCCUGGACGGAAUGAUGCUCUACAACUGCCAGAGUAUAAUACAGCGUGACCAAGCCGUGUAUGGUGACAAGAGCGAUCAGUUUAUUCCCCAGCGCUGGUUGGAGACUGGCUCCAGCAUACCGGCGAGUGCUUGGCGGCCCUUCGAGCGUGGACCACGCAACUGCAUUGGACAAGAGCUGGCGAAUAUCGAAGCACUUGUGAUUCUGGCAUGUGCGACACGGCGAUAUAACUGGGAGAAAGUAGGACUUGGGGCGACCAAGCGGGAUGAAUCAGGUGCGCCGAUUGAAAAGGAAAACGGACAAUACGAAGUCCAGUCAGGGCUGUACAAUGUGAACACUGGAGAUUACUUCUAA